AUGAAAGGAGUCAAGAAAGAUGUCGCUAGAGAAAAGUGGAAGCCAGAUUGUGAAACAACGACGCUUGAGCUCCAGCGGGCGAGGCGGCAGUGCGCCGCCAGUCUUCGGCACCGCGUCCUUCUUUCUCGGUUGUUGGGCUGCGUCCUCUCCUCCAGUCGGCGCCGAAGGGAGCCUGGUUCUGGGCGGGCGGAGAGCUUGAGCCCACUAGGAAUGGCAGCCCCAUCUAUGAAAGAAAGGCAGGCUUGCUGGGGAGCCCGGGAUGAGUACUGGAAGUGUUUAGAUGAGAACACAGAGGACGCUUCUCGGUGCAAGAAGUUAAGAAGCUCAUUUGAAUCAAGCUGUCCCCAACAGUGGGCUCCGGACGCGCAGGCUCAGCGGCCAUGGCCCACGGGCCCAGCCGCUCCGCGGCACGUGCGGUCCCCCCAGACGGGGGCACGAACCCGCGUCCCCCGCACCGGCAGGCGGAGUCUCAACCACUGCGCCACCAGGGAAGCCCUCUGUAUCUGUAAUCGAUCAGCUGAGGUGGUUUUACCUUAAUAUUUGUUUACAAAGAGCAGAAUAUUAAAUCAUUCACUUACAGCCCUCCUGGGGGUAAAAUCAGUUAAAGAAAAAAACACUUUCAUGAAACUGAAAUUUCUUAAAAGGAAAAGGACAGAAUUAUACACUAUAAAAAAGAACGCUCCCAACAUCUCAUAAAUUUAUCAAACGAGAGUGACUUAUAACAGGACACAUUUUACUGAAAAGAAUUCUACAUUAUUGAUUUCUAAAAAUACAACAGUGUGAAAGAUAAUAAAAACAGGAGAACAGAGUGGGCUGUAGUUUACUUUUCAGUAUUAUUUUUAAGCUGUCAAAGGCUGGACUACUGCAAAAGGGCUGAUAACGUGAAGACAGAGUACUACAAAAGAGUCUAGCAAAUGAAAAUUUUAAUAAUACAUCGCUUUGCGCCCACCUCCACUAAAGGAAGCCACUGUUCCACUGAAACGCUGAGGUGCUGAAACUGCUUGUCUCUGAUGCACUGAAGGCUGCCAACCACGAGCGCCGAGGCCCCGAACACCUCACAGGUCCGGCACAGCCCUGCACAAGACAAGCCGGGGUUACUGCCGCCAGUCUAAGGCCAAGUUCACUAGGUCCCAGGCAUUCCUCUGAAGCUCCCGGAGAGGGGGAAAUGUGGAAGAGAGGCCACAAAUGGCACUGGGUCAAUUACAAAUUUUCGGGAUCAGAAGAUGUUAAGCAAGCCCACUGGAAACUCUAACUUUACCUCCUAAAUUGGUUGGUUUGUCAACGAGUGAGGCCACUACAAUCAGUCUGCUGAGUGACUUCCCAAGUUUGGCCGCACGAUCCUGAAAUACCAGCUCCAGGUCUAAGUCGGGAACAUUGUUUCUCCAUGGGAUAAUCUUCUUCUGAACAUCACUCCACUCUGACUCGUUAUCUGCUUCGCCUGAGUUAGAACCUGGGAAAGAAAAAGAAAAUAUAAAUCUCCCUCUCUGUUGAUUUACA